AUGAUGAGUGAGAUGAGCAGAACCAGAAGAACAUUGUACACAGUAUCUUCAGGGGGAUGGGGUAUUCACUCAGCAUUGACUUGGUCUUCAUCAUUUGUAUGCCCCCAAACCUCCCAGGGUUCUCUGUCCUCAGAGCAGGUAUUUGCUCAAGAAGCUAAGUAUCUUGCCCACAACAACCGUCCUAUAUCUGUAGUCCUGGAAAGAGGAAAAGGUAUUUAUGUAUGGGAUGUGGAAGAUAGACAAUAUUUUGAUUUCCUGAGUGCCUACAGUGCUGCAAACCAAGGACACUGCCACCCCAAAAUUGUGGAAGCCCUGAAAAGUCAAGCUGAUAAAUUAAACUUAACUUCCACAGCUUUCUAUAAUAACGUAUUUGGUGAAUAUACUGAGUAUGUCACAAAAUUGUUCCAGUAUGACAAAGUUUUGCCCAAGAAUACAGGGGUGGAAACUGGAGAAACUGCCUGCAAGUUAGCUCAAAGAUGGGCAUACACUGUCAAGGGAGUUCCUAUAUAUAAAGCUAAGAUUUUUGCAGCUAGGAACUUCUGGGCUCGAACUUUAUCUGCUGUCUCUAGUUUGUCUGAUCCAACAAGUUAUGAUGGCUUUGUGCCAUUUAUGUCUGGCUUUGAGAUUACCCCUUACAAUGACCUGCCUGCUUUUGAGAGUGCCCUCCAGGAUCCCAAUGUGGCUGCUUUCAUGGUGGAGCCUAUUCAAGGGGAAGCUGGUGUUAUUGUCCCUGAUCCUGGCUACUUCUCUGGAGUGAGAGAUCUCUGCACCAAGUACAAGGCUCUUUUUAUUGAGGAUGAAAUACAAACUGGCCUAGGCAGAACUGGCAAGUGGCUGGCCAUUGUCAUUUGA